AGGGGGUAGAUGAGUGUGUAGGGUUGAACCUGGAUAGUUUCUCCCAAAUACCUGUGAUAGAUCCUCAAACCGCCUUCAUACCUGCUGCACUCAACUUAUACAGGUUUUUAAGUUUGUCCCGGGCCCACUUAUUCUUCAUGAUAAACGACUGGCAGCAGGGUCCAGCUAUGCCUUGUGAUGGGAUGAACAGGGCUGCUGAAGUUUAUCAUCAUAUUAAAGGGAUUGAGAAAAGGCUGAGGGACUUCCUGUGUAAACUCAAGCUUGAGUUAAUAGAUGCCGGGGUUCAAGAUGCGGAUAUUCAAGCUGUUGUAGAACCUUCACUUAGUGUACAGAUAUACAGAUAUCCAUCAUGUACAAGCAGGAAGAUGAGAGAUUGUCUGGUCAUGAGUAAACUACAAGAGCUUUUUAAUCUUCCAUCCCUACUGCUGGAUAUACAGGAUAUACAAGAUACACAUGAUCACACUUCUCAUACUUCUGCAUCUAACGAGUCUGGUUGAGCUAGGUAAACAGUUUACCAGAUAUAAUAUCAGAAGAAUAAGAAGUUAAUAUGGCAGAAACACCAUACGUGGAAAAAUCAGAACUAGAAGUUUUAAUAGUAUCUGAUACACACACAGCCGGUGUACAUUUGAAUAUCCGAGCUGGGCCAACCUUUGCAGUCCUAGUUUAGACUGUACCGCCAAUUUACAAUUAUUACUAAAGCGGCGCGCAGACCUGUGUGGAUAUGCCUGAAGACGAGAGAAUAACGAAGACCAUAAACGUUAAAAAAUAGUUAUUACUUCGAAUCCAUGGCAUCAGAAGUGAACUAUCUGACAAGAAAAAAAACUAUCUGACUGACGUAUCAGAAAAAAAGCUAAUUAAAAAGAUCUGACAAAUCAGAAUUUUUUUAUUCCAUCAGAAAAAAUCUAUCUUAACAAUAAAAAAAUAGGUAUCUGAUUACUUAUCAGAAAUCGACUUUCUGGUGUAUUAAUGACGAAUAGUAUUCGAAAUUGUACUUUGUUAAC